CUCAUAACUUGACAAUUCCUAGACUCAUGGAAAUGAGACGUGAUCAUUUCCCUGAGGUGUUGUUUUUGAUGGAAACAAAAAAUUGCAGAAAUGUUUUAGUGGACUUGCAAGAAUGGUUAGGGUACGAGAGGGUUUUUACUGUGAAUCCUUUAGGACUCAGUGGCGGAUUGGCGCUUUUUUGGAAGAAGGGUGUAGAUAUUGAAGUUAAGUAUGCGGAUAAGAACCUUAUAGACUUUCACAUUCAGUUUGGUUCUUCGGAGUUCUUUGUUUCUAGGGUUUAUGGAGCUCCUGUGUAUAGUGACAGACUUUUGGUUUGGGAAAGAAUCUCCAGGAUUGGGAUUCACAGAAAGGAAGCUUGGUGUAUGUUUGGGGAUUUUAAUGCAAUUCUGAAUAAUGGAGAGAAGCUCGGAGGUCCAAGACGUGGAGAUGCCUCUUUUUUACCUUUCAAGGAGAUGCUGGAUACUUGUGAUAUGGCUGAGUUACCAAGUAAAGGAAAUCCCUUUACUUGGGGUGGCAAGAGAGGAACAUUAUGGAUUCAAAGCAAACUUGAUCGUUGUUUUGGAUUUCGUCAACUAGAGUGGAGUAUAGGGGCAACUUCAGGUUUGACAAGAGACUCUUUAAUCAGCCCAAUGUCAAAGAGUCAAUUCUACAUGCUUGGAAUGGGAAUGGUAAUCAUCAGAAUGUUCCACUGUUGACUAUGGAGAAACUCAAAAGAUGCAGAACUGCCCUUAGUAGAUGGAAAAAGGAAAAUAAUUUGAACUCUUUGAC